AUGCCCCUGAUCUAGACUAGCUCCAUGGCUAGUCAGAGUAACGAUGAGAUACACCAAGUCAAGCUGGCUCCUGGUGAUGGGGAGUCAACAAUCGAGGCCCCAUCCAGUUCCUCCCUGGAUCUAAAUUUGGAUUCCAGGGAGGUUUUGGAGAACCAGGAGGAACCAGCUGUGAGCCGAGAUCCAGGCCCCCAAGACAACCCACAGCCACAGGCCCCAAACCACGGUGCCGCCAGUGUGGGAGAAGACCUCUUCGGGCUCUCCUUCCCGAGAAAGCUCUGGAGGAUCGUGGAGGACGACGCCUUCCCGUCCGUGCGCUGGAAUGACGAUGGCGACACCGUGGUCAUCGACAAAGACCUCUUCCAGAGGGAGAUUCUUCACCGGAGGGGCCCAGAGAGGAUCUUUGAAACUGACAGCUUGAAGGGCUUCAUCCGCCUCAUGAACCUGUACGGGUUCAGCAAACUACGCCCAAACAACCCUUCCGUUUACUCUCCAGGGAACCAGAGAACGAUGAUCUACCGCAACUCCAACUUCCAGCGAGACAGGCCUAUGCUGCUCGAGAAUAUUCAGAGAAAAAGUGACCUGAGAACUGGCACCGGGUGGUCAGGGAGCAGCGCAACACCGCCAAGGAGAAAGAAGCAGGUAGCGGCUACGAGACGGUCCCCAUGAAUCCAUCACAAGGAAUCCACCAAAGAAGACGAGGCGGCCCCCAAAGAAGCCCCAAGUGUUCAGGGACCCAGUGGCACCCGGUCCUUGACCUCCUCUGGUAUUUGGUCCCUGAGCAGUGUAGCGGGAUAUGCCAUGGAAAAUCGUGGCCCAAGUGAGCAGGGUGGCCCAAGUGGAGAGGGCACCUCCAGGAAUGUGAUGUUUGUGCCCCCGGCUACUGCCGGAAGGGACGGCGCAGGGGAGCUGCCCACCGCUCCCCCCCCGGUUUACCCAGAUUAUGGGUCGGUGAUGUCGCUGUACAACACCUGCUAUUCCAUCCUGGUGGCUGCCCUUUCGGUCAUGUCCCCAAUCGAGGCCCCCAGUGAGAACGAGGGGCAGGAGGGUUCCUCAGAUUACAAGUGUGCACUCUGCAAACACUUCAAGGACAAUCCGGGGCCCUAA